CAACAUGGCGGACGAAUGAUGCAUAUAUUCUAAGAAAUAGAAAUCACCUAGGAACCAGUAGGCAUCGACUAUUUCGAUGUCAUUUUCAACAGCAUGGUAAUAUACACGUCACGGAUGAGCUGAACUGCUUAAAGGGAGUUGGGAAUUUUUGGGAAUAUCUAUCUUUGGUUAUCCAUUGUCAGAUUUGUUGACUACUUCCUGAUCUGAAGAAAUACCUUUAAUGUGUUACAUCUAGGAAGAAAACACGAACAACGAAGUAAUCAUACUUUGCAAAAAGUAUUCAGGAGGAGACGAAAACCGAACCUGUACAAGUUCACCAUCGUGUCAAAGUUAUUACAGCAGUGGUUUUAAAUGGCAAGGGAAGAAAUGGAAAAAACUGAUCAAGAAAUUUGCGUUUUGAAUCAUUUUCAGGGCGAAACUGUUUGCUACCCUCUAGUGCUAUUAGAGGGGAUAAUAUGUCCAAAUAGCGAAACAUCUGGACCUAAAAGAAUCCGUCGAGUGUCUAAUACUAGUUUAGAUACAUCAAGUGACUCUGAAUCAGAGAGGAGAAAUAAGAUUCGAGCUCUGGAUUCAACAUUGAUUGAGAAUGAAUUAGAAGUUUAUCAAGAUGGUUUUUCUAUACUGAUUAGAUGUGGCAAUCACGAAUUGUCGUGGCCUGUGGUUUGUAAAGGUUUCAAGGCAGUUGUUCCUCUUAACAUUGGGGAAAACUUGAUUGUGUUGAAAGUGCCGGAUAGAACAGACUUAAAUGAACUUGAGUUCAAGUUAACAUACAUACCAGUCACAAUAUCAAGAUUUGUUCGUGUAGUGUACAUCAAGUGCACUGAUAGUGAUGGAUCAUUUGAUGCUCCUGCAAAUGUUCCAUGCAAUGUAGAUUCUGCGGUUAAGAGACUUGCUUUUAAUUCCCGACUUCUUCAAACAUUUACGGCUGAAAGUUUGUACCAACAUGGUCUAGGACACAAGACAUUCUGCAUUGAGGAAGAUGACACUGGGUCACCUAAGGUUCAUAUCUUUACCAGUAAAUUGAAGACUUGUGAAGCUCUUGGUAUGACAGGAGAUCAGCUGUAUGCUUUUUUCAACAAGGAGCUUAAGUCAUCAAGCCUCUUUGAUCCCUUGUGUAAGUUUUGGACUUUCAUGUCCUGCACACAUUAUGAUCCACCUUCCCCAGAUCUGUUUAAUGCAAAGCUUAUUACAAAGUACAUCAAAGCUCACACAGCUCUUGGAGGGAGUCACCUUGCUCUCUUUGGUACAGGAGGGCUACACACUUGGGCCUCAAGUAUUGAAGAGUUGGUGCCAUGUUUUACUGAUGGACGGAUAAUUGACAAAUUACAGCUCUUUGAUGACAGUGGCGGGAGAGGAACUUAUUGGGCAAAUUAUGCCACUGGUUUGGGUGCCUCUAUACAUGAACUUGGUCACUGCUUUGAUCUAGCGCACACACCUAAAGGUAUUAUGGCAAGAGGAUUUGAUGAUAUGAACUGUGUGUUUACCAUGUGGAGGCAACCAACAUCUCCAGAAAAGGACACUGUACCUGUGGAAAAGUCAGUUAUUGAGGAAAAGGUUGCUAACAAAGCCAUGACUGCUGUUGAAGUGUUAGCUACAGGAAUCCCAGGUGCUGAAGGUCUUGUGCCCAAAUCAAAAAGCUGUACUGCCAGUCCCUCUGGUGGAAACACUGACCUUGCUGGACCCAAUGAAUGGUCACAUGGUGCACACUGGUACAGAUCCUCUGCUGUUUUACUCAGAUAUCACAAAUGGUUCUCCACUUUGAGCAUGAAAGAGGAUGACAUUCCCUCUAAAAAACCCAUGGUACACUGGUCAAGCACUGUCUGUGGUCCUGUCGGUAAUUGCGGUGGCUGUCAUCAGAAGAAUCAGUUGUCAUUCAACAGUGUCAAGUGGCUUGAGUCCCAGAGUGCAGUUCUGGGGGGUUUCAUUAUUCACACGGAGGAGUAUGUGAAUUGUAUACAGAUCAUAGGGAAUCAAGAAAAUGCAGAAAGUGGGGAGUGUCAGGAAGUUCUCUCUGAGCCCCAUGGAACAGAUGGCAUGGGUAAGCGCUAUAUCUUCACCGUCAACUCUCCAGAGGAAUACAUCACAGCUGUUGAUGUCAGAGCUGGGGGAUGGAUUGAUGCCAUUAGAUUCCACACAAACUACAAAUCCAGUGUUUGGAUGGGAGGAAUGGGUGGGGAUGAAUGCUGCCUGAGACCCUCCCUUGGGAAAAACAUUCUGGGUCUCAUGGGAACAAGUGGAAUGUAUGUUGGAUCACUUGGAAUCCUGCUUAGCAGUGAUUCAGACAAAGAAAUAACACCAACGGAUGAGGCAGACCAAUUAGUUGUAGAAGCACCUCUCGGGAUAAGGCUGAUUGAGCUCUGGGACAAGAAACACAGUGAAGUGUACCAACACUGGGAAUUCCUACAACCACACCCACCCAACACAUUCACCCUGUCCAGAUCAGAAGUGAGGGACCAAGCCUCAACUCUCCUUGUUGAAGAUGACCAAGGAAACAUUUGUCGCACAGCUUUCGUUUACGAUUACAAUGAGAUCGUUUGAUGGAACAAUUUGCGAUAAUCUAAUAAGCCCUUGGAUUUAUCAAGGAAAUUUACUAAGUUGUGAGUGAUGCGUAGAAAAACGUGCGUGCAGUUUGAGCUGGUGUAAAUAGACGGUGACGAAAAAAGGGGAAGGGGAGGGUGUGGGAUGAUGCACGAAGUUUUGGAAAAAUUCACGCGUCUGUCACUUGUCAUUUUAACAGUAUUUCACACAUCACGAAGUCAAAAGAGAAUAGGGUUUAAUCAGGCGUCACGUAUAAACCAUCUGCCACCCUCUAGAUAAAGUGGCGUCUGGUGCAUACGGGAGGCAGAGUGGAGUUUGUAGAGUAGAUCACUUUCUCGAGAAGACGCAGAGUACCAGAGGCAUGCAUUAGGUGACUUUCUGACGUUUAACGGAAAAAAGAGACGUGCAAUAAUUACUUUUUCAUUUAGGAGGGUGAGGACACUACGACCCAUUUUUUUCACAAACCUUAAUCACUCAUAAAGGCUCCUCAAGGAAAUGAUUCAUUUCGACACCAGCAAGACUACGACCUUUCUAACUGGUAAAAUCUAGAAGCUUUAGGGGUAAAAUUGUAAGCGUAAUACACAAGAUGGUCAAAGGAAAAUUUAAUUUAAAAACCAGAGAUGGUUUGAGCCGCUUUAAAAGUUAGCACUACAGGGUGCUUGUUCUGUGCGUACUGUACAUAUACAUUGAAAUGUGUCUCAUGUCAUCCUCUAUCUUAAGUAAACUUACUCAUUCACCCAUGAAUGACUGUU